CAUUUGUUAGUACCGGCUACCGACAAACGUAACGUGACUAAGUUUAAAUUGCAGCUCGAACCAAGAAAAAAUCAAACAUGAAAACAAAAAAUAAUACUCCUAGUAAAUCCCACUUCCUUUGAUGCAUAAAAGGCUACACGGAGACUCUAAGCUUCUUCGGUAUUCCAAGUCUCAAACAAAUCCAUGGCUUCUCUUUCUUCUUUUAAUUCCAUUUCCGCUGCUUCAACUAGGUCUCUAACCUCAACCCAUAGUUCCUCUGAAAAGAAAACACAGAUCUCUGUGGUUAGUAAACCAAAACAUGUUAGCCUUAAGGCGAUCGAGUGCAGAGCUAAUAAAGAUCGUGAUCAUGACAAUCAAGAAAAAAAUGAAACUAGCAGCUUGAUUGAUAGAAGAAAUAUGCUUCUUGGUCUAGGAGGUUUAUAUGGUGCGACGUCAACCGCUGGGUUUGGUGCUGACCGUAUGGCUAUGGCGGCUCCAAUAGCUCCACCGGACUUAUCAAAAUGCGGUCCAGCAAAUCUUCCGGACGGGGCGCUACCAGUAAAUUGUUGUCCGCCACCAAACACAGAAAUCAUCGACUUUCAAGUUCCAUCUCAAACUACUCCUCUUAGGAUUCGUCCAGCUGCUCAUUUAGUUGAUGAGGCUUAUAUUGAGAAAUAUAACAGAGCCUAUGAACUUAUGAGAGCUCUGCCAGAUGACGAUCCACGUAGUUUUAAACAACAAGCUAAUGUUCACUGUGCUUACUGUGAUGGUGCUUAUGAUCAAGCUGGUUUUCCUAACUUGGACAUUCAAGUUCAUGGAUCAUGGUUGUUCUUUCCAUUCCAUAGAUAUUAUCUUUACUUCCAUGAGAAAAUCUUGGGUAGUUUAAUCGAUGAUCCAACUUUUGCUUUACCUUUUUGGAAUUGGGAUUCUCCUGCAGGUAUGGGAAUGCCUUCAAUGUAUGCGCAACCAGGUUCAUCUCUUUACGAUGAGCUUCGUGACGCUGUACAUCAACCACCAUAUCUUCUCGAUCUUAAUUACAAUACUGUUGAUUUAAAUCUCCCGGCUAGGCAAGUAUAUAACAGGAAUCUUACUACCAUGUAUCGUCAAAUGGUGUCCGGUGCAAGGACCGCAACACUUUUCCUUGGAUCCCCAUAUCGAGCCGGUGAUGUAGCGCAACCUGCCGGAGGAACACUUGAGAAUGUUCCCCAUGGUCCAGUUCAUAUUUGGACUGGAGAUAGAACUCAACCCAACUUUGAAAACAUGGGUAAUUUCUAUUCUGCAGCUAGAGAUCCAAUCUUUUUCGCCCAUCAUUCAAACUGUGAUCGGAUGUGGACCGUAUGGAAAAGUUUGGGAGGAAACCGAAGGGAUUUCACUGAUCCUGAUUUCUUAAAUGCUGCUUUUCUUUUCUACAAUGAGAAAAAACAGCUCGUCAGGGUCACGAUUAAAGACUGUUUGAAACAAGAGAAUCUAAGGUACCAGUAUCAAGAUGUGGAGAUUCCAUGGCUGCAAACAAGACCCAGAAUUCCUACAGCAAGGAACGUCAACAAGAUUAAUAUAGCAAAAAAGAAAUCAGGAGGGGGGACUGAAUUCCCUAUAAUACUCGACAAAACAGUACGAGUUUUGGUUAAAAGGCCAAAGAAAAAAUCAAGAAGCAAGAAAGAAAAAGAAGAUAAAGAAGAGAUUUUGGUCAUAAGCGGUAUUGAGCUCGACAAAAGUGCUCUUGUGAAAUUCGACGUCUUUAUUAAUGAUGAAGACGAAGUUGGUCCUGAAUCAAGUGAAUUUGUAGGUAGUUUUACCAACGUACCACAUAGACAUGGAAAGAAAGGCAAGAAAAUCAAGACUGGGUUGAAGUUAGGAAUAACUGAUAUUCUUGAAGAUCUAGAUGCUGAAAAUGAUGAUGAUGUUCUUGUUACUAUAAUACCUAGAGAUUCAGGAAGAGGAAAAGAGGUUGUUACAAUUGAAGGUAUUGAAAUCCAGUUUGAUUAAUCGAUCUUGAUUGAUUAAUCAUAAGAUGUUUGCAUUUUCUAUUCAACGUUUGGGUUUUCUAUGUCUAUCGGUUGGUUUGUUUUUCUUUGAAUAAUGUGUGUUGUUGUAAUAAAAUUGUUGGUCAAGGUGUGUAUGUCCAACAUCUUAAAUGCGUUUUUGUGUUAUGAA